AUGAAUGGAAAUAUCCCGUUGCCCCUGUUGCUGGCAGAGCAGAAUGAACCGCUGAGCUCAAGCGUGCAGCUAGCCGCAACCUUAUCCAAUGCGAGCAAGCGACCAACGGAGCAAGCAGAACCUCUGGACGUCUUGUCCAGCAUCUGGAACGAUGCUGAGCCUCCCAGAGCAACGGGCAGCAGAAACCUGGAGGAUGACUGUACGGCCAGUGCAAGCAGGCAUCCGGGAGCAGUAACAGACCCACGGAGGGAGACUGAUAGGCAGAAGGGGAGGGGACGGCACGAACACACGGACAGUGCCAGGGAUAACAGCAGCAGCCAGGCGCUUACAAAUGGGUUACAUACAGAGCCUGGGCUUGACAAAGAGAGAGAUUUUGGUGACAAGGAGGGAGCAGAGACAAAGACUCCAGCCAUGGGCAGUGCUGCUCUGGAAGGAAGGCGCUUGACAAACAAGUUGCUAUUCAGUGAGACACUCAGCAAUGCAGGUUUGCAGUCGCACCGAGAUGUUGCACAGCUGCUUGAUCCUGAGGAUGGACAAGAACAGAUAAGCUUUGCUGCUGCAGAAGCCAAGCUAAGUUGCAGUGAUGAUGACAGGGAAGAUUUUGCAUUCAAAGACAUCAGGGACGGAUUCAGUUCUACCUUUGAAAAAAUUGUGGAAUCUGACCUUAUGAAGGGCACGUACUACAGUAGUCUGGAUUCCUUGGAUGUGCUCUCACUGACAGAUGAGACAGACAGCUGUGUUAGCUUUGAAGCUCCACUCACACCUCUUAUUCAGCAAAGAACUAAAGAAAGUUCUGAACUUUUAGAACAGAAACUCAUCGCUCACCAGAAAGAGGUUCUGGAGCCCAUGGCAACAGAGAAGCAGGAAGAGGCAAUGGCCAAGACUAUGGAGGAUGAUUUUGGGAGCCCACUGAAGCACUCGAUCACCAGCAGCCGGUCUGAAAAUGUGCUGAGCAGGGUAUCGCUGAAAAAUAUCCCAAAUGGGUAUCACGUUGAGAGGUUGGAAGAAGAUGCCACCAAGCUUAUUAAUUCAAUCAGUGAUGCCAACAUAAAUGAUGUACUUUCUGACUCGGACUCUGAUAUGGGCAGCACAGAACAACUUGACCAGGGAAGCACAGACACCCUCGUCAAUGGCUGCAAGGCAGACAAUGAGGCUGCUAAGAGAUUAGCCAAAAGGCUCUAUAACCUUGAGGGAUUCAAGCACUGUGACGUGGCGCGCCAGCUUGGGAAGAAUAAUGAGUUUAGCAAAUUGGUAGCAGAAGAAUACCUCCGUUUCUUUGACUUCACUGGGAUGGCCUUGGAUAAAGCACUCAGAACAUUCCUAAAAGCUUUCCCCCUGAUGGGAGAGACUCAGGAACGGGAACGGGUCCUCAUCCACUUCUCACACAGAUACUGUCACUGCAAUCCAGAAGAGAGCACAUCUGAAGAUGGAAUCCAUACACUUACCUGUGCCCUGAUGCUGCUCAACACUGAUCUUCAUGGCCAUGUGAAUAUUGGGAAAAAGAUGUCCUGCCAACAAUUUAUGGCAAACCUGGAUGGACUGAAUGAUGGGAAGGAUUUUGCAAAAGAUGUGUUAAAGGGCCUGUAUAACUCAAUAAAAAACGAAAAGCUAGAAUGGGCCAUUGAUGAAGAUGAACUGAGGAAGUCAUUGUCAGAACUGGUGGAUGAUAAAUUUGGUGCCGGUGCCAAGAAAAUGACAAGGAUUGUUGACGGCAGUAAUCCUUUCCUGGAUGUUCCUCAGGCCCAGAAUGCAGUUACCUACAAGCAUGGCAUCCUCACACGGAAAACCCAUGCAGACAUGGAUGGGAAGAGAACUCCCCGAGGACGAAGAGGGUGGAAGAAAUUUUACGCUGUACUUAAAGGAACCAUCUUGUAUUUGCAAAAGGAUGAAUACAAACCUGACAAAGAUCUUUCUGAAGUAGAUCUAAAGCAUGCUAUUCGCAUUCACCAUGCCUUAGCCACAAAAGCCUCUGAUUAUAGCAAAAAAUCCAAUGUGCUGAAACUGAAGACGGCAGACUGGAGAGUGUUUCUCUUCCAAGCCCCAAGCAAAGGAGAAAUGUUGUCCUGGAUCCUGAGAAUAAAUUUGGUGGCUGCCAUUUUUUCUGCCCCUGCAUUUCCAGCUGCUAUCUGCUCCAUGAAGAAAUUCUGCCGUCCUCUCUUGCCAUCUUCAACAACAAAGCUCUGUCAGGAGGAACAGUUGCAGUCUCACGAGAAUAAAAUGAGACAGAUUGCAGAUGAGUUAACUGAGCAUAAGCUACAUCCAAUAGUGAAAGGUCUCAAGUCAAAAGAGGCUGAAGAAUAUCGUCUGAAAGAACAUUACUUAAUAUUUGAGAAAAGCCGCUAUGAGACAUACAUCAACCUCCUGUGUGUGAAGAUAAAGACCGCGACAGAUGACCUGGAAAAAAUUGAAGCUAACCUCUUCACAAUGGAGACUGAAGACAUUUCCUUGAGGAAAACAUAUUCCAGCCCUUCCAUAAGCCAAGGACAGCUGCCUGUUGUAAACAGCAAAGCAGGAAAGGACCUUAUAGAGCAGGAUACGCCAGGUAACCAAUAAAUGCAGGUAACCAGUAAGUGAUUGCUGGUCCACCUCAGCUGCAACGUAAGAGCACAAUGAUCUCUCAGAUGUACAUUAAGUACAUGAGACAAAUACUACAGCAGAAAGAAUUCAAAGAAGCUUUAGUUUACACUAUUUCUCUCCUGGUGCUUUAAGUGUUUCCGGAUCACAGACUGUCCACAUUGGUUAUCACUGUUGACGUUCCUUAUUGUGCAUGCAAUAAAAGGAAAAAAAAUCCAUUCAAGGGCUGGGGUGAUCUUUUGCCAGCUGCUUUUCCUUGUGAACAUCUGGAUUUUCCAUUGGGCAGUUCUUACAGUACCUUGGCAACAUGGAGACACAGCCAAACCUGUUUCUUU